AUGGAUGAGGAGCCCAGGAUGGAGCAGAGCAGCUGCAGACCCAGGGUGACACCAAAGAUCCGGUGGGCCAAGGCGGAGCAGAAGGCUCAGGCGACCGAGGCGGAGGCGGGGCUCCGGAAGACUGCUGUGGAGCCGGGGGGACUGAGGAUGGAGGUGGAGCUGGAGGGAAGGAGGAGCCUGAAAGAGCUGGUGGGAUGUAGUGAUAAGGCGAAGUCAGAGGAGUGGAGUCCCGAGGUGGUGGAUGGUCAUCGACAAGUGACCAGUGGCAUCUCACCCUCAGCAGCAGGAGUGUGGGCAGGGCCUCCCUCCAAGCCCUCGAUCUCCACCAGUACUCCCACGAUGCACGGUGUUGCCGGCUCACACACCUGGAUGAACAAGUCUAUUGUUUCAACCUUAGCAAACAUAUUCAUAAUGCUUGUUAUAUACUUAGAAUCGAGUCUCCAUAAACCAAUGUAUAUAUUUUUGUUUAACCUGUUAUGCAGUGGACUGCUCGGAAGCAGUGCAGUUUGGCCAAAAGUGCUUUCAAAUCUCCUAACUGAUUUGCACACUAGUUCAUAUGAGGGGUGUCUUCUUCAAGUCUAUUUGCUUAGUAUUUACACUGUUUGCACUUACUUUACUUUAACAGUAAUGGCCUAUGAUAGGUAUAUAUCCAUUUGUAAGCCAUUACAGUACCAUAAUAUCAUGAAUCCUAGUAAAAUUAAAAGUUGGCUAAUGAUAAGCAACUUAAUUCCUGUUUUCUCAGUAGCUGGUCAAAUAUAUUUGACAUCAAGAAUUCCCUUAUGCAGCCAUACUCUUAACAAACUAUUUUGUGAUAAUCUUUCAGUCAUUAACAUAUCAUGUAGUACAAGUAGCUUCAGCCUUUUAAGCAAUGUGUAUGGUUUGCUUAUAAUAGUUUGUUUAUCCGUGCUCCCUACAUUUCUAAUUGUGCUGUCUUAUGUUAAAAUACUUUCUGUUAGUUUAAAGGUGUCAGAAAAUAGUCAAAGCAAGGCACUUGGAACUUGCAUUCCUCAUUUGAUAAUCUUCAUUAACUUUUCAAUUGCCACAUUUUUUUCUGUUAUAUAUAACAGACUGACUGUGAUUAUGCCUAUCGAGAUGAAUGUUUUUAUAUCAUUCCAAGUAACACUAUUGCCACCACUUUUGCAUCCAGUAAUAUAUGGUGUUAGAACCAAAGAGAUCAGAAAAUGUACAUUUAAAAUAACACAGAGAUUGUAUGCAUCAACAAACUGUUAUUAUACUUCAAAACUAAAAGUACCUAAAAUAUUUGCAAUUUCAGGAUCUCUGUAAUAUACUUGUUUUAUAAACAGUUCUAUGUAAACCUAUGGACAACCAAGGGCAUAAUUAAAAGCAAAUACUCCUGUACAAUGUUUUGUCUACUUUCAGACUGUAUACA